AUGCCUCGUGGUCAGAAGAGUAAGCUCCGAGCUCGUGAGAAAUGCCGCCAUAACAGAGGUGAGACCCAAGGUCUUAGUGCUCAGACCACUGCAGCAGGGAAAGAAGAAACUACUCCCUCCUCCUCUCCUGUUUCUGGGGGUGCUCCCUCUAGCUCUUCUGUUGCUGUCACUGCCCAGAAGCCUAAGAAAGCCACAGCCACCACCAGAACUGCUGCAAGUGUUUCAUGCUCAAAAUCUGAUGUAGGUGCCAAAGGCCAAGUUAAGAAAAGUGAAAAUUCCUCCCAGGCUUCAACCUCCAGUGAGAGCUCUCCCGAAGAUCCUCUAAUCAGUAAGGCGGCGAUGUUGGUGCAGUUCACACUCUAGUAUAAAAUGAAAGAUCCCAUUAAAAAGGCAGAAAUGCUGAAGACUGUGGGCAAAAGGAAUAGGAAGAAUUUCCCUGAGAUCCUUGGGAGAGCCUCUGAGCGCAUGGAACUGGUCUUUGGCCUCGAGCUGAAGGAAGUCAAACCCAACAGUCACUCCUAUGCCCUGGUCAGCAAGCUAGAUCUCACCGAUGAUGAGAGCCUGGGCAGUGGCUGGGGACUUCCUAAGAAUGGGCUUCUGAUGCCUCUCCUGGGUGUGAUCUUCUUGAAUGGCAACUGCGCCUCUGAGGAGGAGACCUGGGAAUUCCUGAAUAUUCUGGAUGUCUACGAUGGAAGGAGGCACUUCAUCUUUGGGGAGCCCAGGAAGCUUAUCACAGAAGAUUUGGUGCAGGAAAAGUACCUAGAGUACCGCCAGGUGCCCAACAGCGAUCCUCCCCGCUGUGAGUUCCUGUGGGGCCCAAAAGCCCGCGCUGAAACCAGCAAGAUGAAAGUCCUGGAGUUUUGGGCCAAGGUCAAUGAUACGGUCCCCACUGCCUUCCCAACCCAUUAUGAAGAGGCUUUGAGAGGUGAGGAAGAGAGAGCCCGAGCCAGAGCUGCAGCCAGGGAUGGCCCUACUGCCAGGGCCAGUGUGCGUUCCAGGGCCACAUCCAGCCGCUCCUCCCGCCCCUAG